GUCAGUGCAAGUCUCUUCUAACAGCAACUGCUGCAGAGAAGGGCCUUAGAGAUAACCAUACCCCUCGGCCUUUGGACAGAGUCUUCUCUUCAUAUACACACUGUGAGACUCAUCUUUCCAGAUCAGUCAUGCAGGCUCAGGAAGUCCUGAGACAGCUGCGGAUGCCCGAGCUGGAUGACGUGCGGCAGUAUGUGCGCGGCUUGCCCACAAACGCCCUCAUGGGUAUGGGUGCCUUCGCCGCCAUCACCACCUACUGGCUCGCUACUCGACCGAAGGCCCUCAAACCGCCCUGUGACCUCGGACUGCAGUCGGCAGAAGUACCAGGUGGUGAACAUGCGAGAAGAUCAAUGCUGAUUGACGGUGACGAGCACAUGAUGUACUAUUACAGUGAUGCACUCACCAUGUACGAGGUUUUCCUACGAGGGCUCCGAGUAUCAAAUGGUGGUCCUUGUCUAGGAUCGAGGAAACCGAACCAGCCUUAUGAGUGGCAGUCCUACAGAGAGGUGGCGGACAGAUCACAGCAUGUGGGCUCAGCUCUGCUUCACAAAGGACACGCUCAUACAGGAGAUAAAUUCAUCGGCAUCUUUUCUCAAAACAGACCGGAGUGGACCAUUUCAGAACUGGCUUGUUACACAUACUCCCUGGUGGCAGUGCCGCUGUAUGACACACUGGGCACCGAGGCCAUCAGCUACAUUCUGGACCGAGCCACUAUUUCAACGGUGAUCUGUGAUGUACCUGAAAAGGCUCGGAUGAUUCUGGACUGCAACAACGGAAAAGUCCGAAUGGUGAAGACCAUUGUGCUCAUGGAAGCCUUCAAUGAUGACCUUGUGACACGUGGGCAGGAGGCUGGGAUCGAGAUUAUCAGCUUUAAGGAUUUUGAGGGUUUAGGAAAAGUCAACCAUCAGAAACCAGUGCCUCCUAAACCAGAGGACCUGGCGCUGAUCUGCUUCACCUCUGGAACCACAGGAAACCCAAAAGGUGCAAUGAUUACUCAUGGAAAUGUCAUCUCCAACACUGCAGCCUUUAUUAGAGUAACAGAGGGCGUUCUGAAGCCCAGCUCUAAAGACGUACUCAUCUCCUUCCUCCCUUUGGCCCAUAUGUUUGAGCGAGUGGUGGAGGGUGUCAUCCUGAUCCAUGGAGGUCGAAUCGGAUACUUCCAAGGAGACAUUCGACUUUUGAUGGAUGAUUUGAAAACGCUGCAGCCAACGGUCUUCCCUGUGGUCCCGCGUCUCCUCAACCGCAUGUUUGAUAAGAUAUUUGGUCAAGCCAACUCACCACUGAAGAGAUGGCUGCUAGAUUUCGCUUUUAGGAGGAAAGAGGCAGAGCUUCGAAAUGGUGUGGUCAGAACAGACAGCAUGUGGGAUAAACUCAUAUUCAAAAAAGUACAGGCGAGUCUGGGUGGUCGUGUGAGGCUCAUGAUCACUGGAGCAGCGCCAGUGGCUCCGGUCAUCCUCACAUUCCUACGAGCUGCUUUGGGCUGUCAGUUUUAUGAAGGUUAUGGACAGACAGAGUGCACAGCCGGCUGCUCUAUGUCAAUGCCAGGAGACUGGACGGCAGGUCAUGUUGGGCCUCCUCUGCCAUGCAAUCAUAUCAAAGUGGUGGAUGUGGCAGAAAUGAAUUAUCUGGCAGCCAAUGGAGAAGGAGAGGUGUGUGUCAAAGGACCAAAUGUAUUCAAAGGAUACCUGAAAGAUCCAGAGAAAACAGAGGAAGCCAUCGACAAGGAUGGAUGGCUGCACACAGGAGACAUUGGGAAAUGGCUUCCAAAUGGCACCCUAAAGAUCAUUGACAGAAAGAAGCACAUUUUCAAGCUGGCACAAGGAGAGUAUAUUGCUCCGGAGAAAAUUGAGACCAUCUAUAAUCGCAGUGAUGCAGUAGCUCAAAUAUUUGUUCACGGGGAUAGCUUACAGGCAUGUUUGGUGGGGAUAAUAGUGCCUGAUCCGGACUUUUUACCAAUGUGGGCCAAGAAGAAAGGGAUUGAGGGAUCCUUCUCUGAACUGUGUAGCAACAAGGAUAUAAAAAAUGCCAUUCUCGAGGACAUCCUGAGGCUCGGCAAAGAAGCAGGACUCAAGUCUUUUGAGCAGGUGAGAGACAUUGCACUACACCUGGAGAUGUUUUCUGUGCAGAACGGUCUUCUGACUCCCACCCUGAAGGCAAAGAGGGCUGAGCUUCGGAAUCACUUCAGAGAGCAGAUUGACGCGAUGUAUGCCAAAAUUAAGAUGUGAACGGGUAGGGGGGCAGCCAUCUCAAAACCACUGCCUGAACCAAAUACCCCCUCAUCUCUGCCAGUGUUUGCCGGGACAGAUUUCAAUCCAACUGGAUAAUUACUUGAGUUGAAUCUGUAUCAUCCCAGUUUGAUCUUGUUAAGGUACAGGCAACCUCCCAUCCCCCUCACGCACUUGAUAAUUAGUUCAGAACUGUACAUAAAUGACAUGUAAGAAAAGGGGGAAUGUGACUCGCGGUGCUUUUAACUGCCAAUUAUACUCACAGCUUUAAACAUUUCAGACAGUUUUUCAUUCUUGCCAGAUGAGAUACAAAUACAUUGUGUAAACACACUUUUCCAGCAGAUAUUGCCCAUUUAUAUAAUAUUCAUUCAUAUUUAAUGGCUGUGGGUAUCUAUUUAAGUUGAUAUUUAAUGUUACCUUUUAACUUGUAAAUAACCUAUCUGCUGAAAAGUCUAUUUGUACACAGAGUAUUAUGCCUGAUAUUCUGGUGUUAAUUUCCUGCAUUCCCAUGUUUCUCAAAGCUGUAGAGCAAACAAAGACCUACAGACCUGUGUACAAAGCAGUUAAAAGCCUUUUUGGGAAUCAUAUUGCUUGAGAGAAUUUUUGUGUUAUCGUUUUUCUUUGCAUGGAAAAAAAAAUCAUGAAAUUGCUUUCUAUAAUCUAAUCUAUAAAAUUUCAAAUUUUGGGGUUACAACAUGAAACGACUCACUGUUUCUGUGUUAAGUGCACAAGGUUGGGCCAACAGCUUGAUAACACAAGUGCCGCAUUUCAGUAGCAUCAAAAUUAACUCCCCAUCCUUGUCUGCAUUUCACAUUAAGUUUUCACUGAUGGUCAAUGAACACAGCAUUUCAAUACUGGAUGAAAAAUGGGUGAAUUUGACUCAAUUGUGAUAAUUGCACACAUCUAAUCAUGUUAAGGAUAGGGUAUUGAAAGCCAUAUUGUUUUCUGUUGUUUGUUUGUUUUUCAUACAAUGAAAGGGCAAAAGUACAGUUUUGUGCAGGAGUUAUUAGUACAGUAUCUUUCUUUGUCUGCUGAACCACAAGAAAAAAUGUUAUUUCAAGAUAGUCUUAUUUUUGUCAACUCUAACAAAAUAUAUUUUGGUGGCUUUUUGUGACUUAUAUUUGUGUACGAUUUGGGAGCUUUGUUUUGUUGUAAUUUGUCAAUAAAGUGCAUUAAUAACACCUUUA